CGCGAAAACAGAACAGCUCAAUUCAUAGAAGAAGCAGAUAGUGGGAAGCAAAUAACUGAAAAUCUCUGACGGCAAAGUUUAAAAGUGCCUUGUUUGAACUAUUAAGUGUUUAGGUUCAGGCUUGAGGUCAAAUAAAGCGGUAUGAUUGUUAUAAAGCGGUAUCGUGUGGUGUCUGCAUGUAUUCAUUGCCUUCUCUAUGUAAGAAGAAUUUAUUUGUGCAUAUAUUUUUUAUUCAGUAACUUAUUGGUAAAUUCUUGCAACCUAUCAUCAAACGUACAAGCUUUCGUAAUUUCGAAAGAGGAAUCCUGGAUAAUGUGAUGUAAAGACAGUUUCAGUUUGGAAAGGAAAGGACAGGAUGCUUGAUGGCCUCUGUUAGUUCCGUCAAUGAUGGUCUCUCAGUUGCUCCAACUUUCUGAAAGAUUUGACAAAUGGAGCCUCAACCACAUGCUGAGAAUUUAAAUUGCAUAGCUGCAUAUGUCGGAACAGUCCGUAAGACAUCGGUUUCUCGCUCUUCCUAGUGAGCAAAGGCUGAAGUUAGAUAGAGUCACUUCUCCUCGUUGUCAACUAACCCCUGUCCCCAAUUUAUCUACAAGUGCAAUCUUGGAUAUUAACGAUACUUCAAUAACGGUUACAGGUGAUGAUUUCGAGGAUACAUGUAUUCUUGGUGAAGGAUUUUUUGGACAAGUUUUCAAAAUGCGUUUGAAAUCAACAAAAGAAUCAUUUGCGGUUAAAAAAAUACCAUUUUGCAAUUUGGAUCCACGUAAUCCAGAUAUGAUAGCAGAUUUGGAAAUAGGGAAAUUGCAUCCACAUCCAUUUUUAUUACGAUCUUAUUGUGCUUUCACUCAUGUAGAUUCUGUUUGGAUUUUAUUAGAACUUAUGGAUAUCUCGUUAGAUGUACUUCUAAAUAAAGUAAAGGCACUCAAUGAAUACAUUCCUGAAAAUGUUUUGAAGCAUAUAACAUUUUCAAUUGUUUCAGCAUUAUAUUAUUUACGAUUCGAUAUGAAUAUGAUUCAUCGUGAUAUAAAACCGGCUAACAUGUUAGCUAACAAAUGUGGAGAAAUAAAAUUAGGAGACUUUGGUACUGCCGUCACCCUUUCCAACUGUGAAAUUUUAACGGAUGUUGGAUCAUGGCGUUACCUUGCUCCAGAGCGUGUAAGCUGUGGUUCUAUAAAAAGUUAUGGAGUUAAAUCUGAUAUUUGGUCUUUAGGCCUAAGCAUUUAUGAAUUGGCUACUGGUACAAACCCAUAUGAACCGCCUAAAGAUCCUGUUGAUGCAUUCAAUCAGAUUGUAAAUCGUGAUCCUCCAAGUCUUUCAAGUGAUCUACCAUAUUCUAAUCAUUUACGAGAUUUUUUAAAUAUGUGCCUUAUUAAAGAAGUUAGUGAAAGAGCAGAUUACAAUGAUUUACUAGUGUCAGAUUUUAUUCGAUCCGUUGAUGUCAAUUCUCAUUUGAUUACAACAGCACAAUUCUUAGUGAAAUAUAUUUAAUGAAAAUUUUAAUUUGUAUUUGUCACCUAGUCAAACUUCAAGGACGAAUAUAUAUAUAUAUAUAUAUAUAU